GUUCGGCGUCCAAAAAACCUUCCACCCGGGCCAUGGUCGCUGCCAAUCAUCGGAUACCGAUUCGACUCGGGUCUAAUUCAUGAGGCUUUCGUGGACUUGGCGAGGAAGUAUGGGCCCGUUUCUAGCGUUCGGAGAGGCCCGUUUCUCUUUGUUGUCUUGAACGACAGGGCGAGUAUGAAACAAGCUCUGGUGAAGUCAGGAGAAUUCUUUUCAGACCGAUUCGUACCAGGGCAUAUCAGAUGGGGAAUUCCAGAUGCUGAAAAGAAUGCUGCCAUUGUUUGGAGUAAUGGCAAGCCAUGGGAUGACCAGCGAAAAUUCUUCGCUCUUUCGGCUUUGGUAAGAAGAGCCUUGUCCCUCAGAUCAACCUUGAGGCUCGUUAUCUGGCUGACUGAAAUCAAGGCUCUACAUGGUGAACCCAUGGAUCCAUCGGCUUUGUUGAACAAAGCAACUGCUAACAUCAUAGUUCAGCUAGUCUUCGGUCGCCGAUAUGAGUACGACGAUCCCGAAUUUAUUGGAGCUCUGCAAGCAAUGGUGGAUAUCUUUAGGACUUCAUCAUGUCUCAUCUCUACAACCAUCAAGAAACUUUCCAGAAAGAUAAUAUCCGGGACUUCGUUGACGCGUAUAGCACACGACAUCUCGAAAGAUUACUCCAUGGACACGUUCUGGAGGAUUGUGUUGGAUUUCUUUGCCGCAGGUACUGAAACCACAGCGGUGGUGACUUCAUGGGCGAUACUCUACCUAGCUGUUUACCCGGAUGUUCAGAAGAAGGUACAAAAUGAGUUGGAUGCAGUUGUUGGGCGUGGCCGACAACCAAACACCAGUGACCGCCCAAACCUUCCCUACUGCGACGCCACCCUGAUGGAGGUUAUGCGCAUCCGUCCUGUCCUCCCGGUCGCUCUGCCUCACAUGACGUCUGCAGAUGUCUCCAUUGGACCUUAUACUAUUCCCAAGGGGACCAUCGUUAUCCCUAACCUGUGGGCUGUUCAUCAUGAUCCCAAGGAGUGGUGUAAUCCACACCUAUUCAACCCAGACAGAUUUCUCAGUGCUGAUGGUCAAACAGUCGUGAAGAACGAGGCUUGGAUGCCAUUCAGCAUUGGCCGUCGUGAUUGCCUGGGUGUGCAACUUGCCAAGAUGGAAUCAUUUUUGCUCUUCACCAACCUCUUCCAGCAAUUCGAAUUCAAGCUUCCUCCCGACCAACCAACCCACAGCAUGCGAGGUCACCCUGGGCUCUCUAUGCCUCCAGAAAGCUACAAGAUUUGUGCCAUUGAACGCUGAGUUUGGCCGCCUUCACGAGUCUAAAACUGCCGUAUUGCACAAAAGAGUACAUUUUCUGAGAGUUGUCAAAAAGACAAAUGGAAUCAUCCCUCUCAUGUCAUUGCAGUUAAUUCGAAGAAUUUUUUGUAUAACAAUGCAAUAUAAUGAUUAAGAUUUAUAUCACCUCUAUCAGUAACAUGUUGGCUGAUAGAUUUAGGAAUACUUGUUUCAAAGUAUUUUGUAAUUAUAGGAAGAAUUUUGCGGUAUGGCGACAUCAACUUUUUUCCUAGAUGAAACUUAUGUUCUUUCCUGCUAUUAUUACUCUUCUGCUUUUGUUUUCUUGUUUUAAUGAUGAUCUGAAAUUCGACUAUUCACUUUAACUUGGUUGGAUAUUUCUUUUAUAAUUACUAGUGAUUAUCAAGAAAAGUUAUUAUCAAACUGUAUUUGCUUCUCUUAUUUUUAUUGCAUAUUGAUCAACAAUUCACUUGUAACCCAUUAUAAAAAUGUUUGAUACUUCUGAUACUUUUGCAUGUACAUUCUCCAAAAUGGUGGAUUUUAUUCCAAUAAAUUUGAUUUCAUUUGAUUUUAUUUAUUCGUCCAGCAAU